UCGUUCGGCCUUCCUUCCUUAACACCAGGCAUCGGCUCCUGAUUCAUUCAGACCAAACAUAUAGGAGAGACACCAGACUCCCUUUAGAACCAGGUAAACAACCGACUAGGUGUCCAAACUCAGGACAGCAACCGUCCCACGGAAAAGCAGAACUAGUCAUUUCACCAUGGCGGACGUUGGAGAGGUUUUGAUGUCAGUUUUGUCCACAAUUCGCGUCCCAAAGCCUGGGGACCGUGUCCACAAAGACGAAUGCGCCCUGUCAUUUUCGUCGCCGGAGAGCGAAGGAGGCAUAUACGUGUGCAUGAACACUUUUCUGGGUUUUGGCAGUCAGUACGUGGACAGACAUCAUGCUCGGACUGGUCAGAGGGCUUACCUGCACAUUACCCGGACUAGAAAGGCUAAGAAGGAGGAUGAAAACAACUCUGGCUCAGGACACCCACCUAAGAAAAAGCCCACUAGACUGGCUAUAGGGAUUGAAGGAGGUUUUGAUGUGGAGCAGGAGCUUUACGAGGAGGACGUAAAGGUGGUCAUUUUACCUGACAGACAGGAAGUGACCUCAGAGGACCUUAGCACAAUGCCGGAUGUUGUUAGAGAGCGGGUGUCUCUGUCUAUGUCGGGUAUCAUGGCAGCAGACUCAGUGUCUCACACCUUACAAGUUCAACAGUGGGACGGAGAGGUGAGACAGGAGUCGAAGCACGCCGCCAACCUUAAACAGCUGGACAACGGAGUCAAGAUCCCUCCCAGUGGCUGGCGGUGUGAGGUGUGUGACCUGCAGGAGAACAUCUGGAUGAACCUCACAGACGGCAAAGUGCUGUGCGGUCGUAGGUACUUCGACGGCUCCGGGGGCAACAACCACGCCCUCCUCCAUUUCCAGGAGACUGGAUACCCGCUGGCUGUCAAACUGGGCACAAUCACUCCUGAUGGUGCUGAUGUGUAUUCAUACGAUGAAGACGACAUGGUGCUGGACUCCAAGUUACCGGAGCAUCUCGCUCACUUCGGCAUCAACAUGAUGACCAUGGAGAAGACUGAGCGGACGAUGACUGAGUUGGAAAUUGCUGUAAACCAGCGAGUGGGGGAGUGGGAGGUCAUCCAGGAGUCGGGGACGACCCUGAAGCCCAUGUUUGGACCCGGUCUGACGGGUAUGAAGAACCUGGGAAACAGCUGCUACCUCAACUCCGUCAUGCAAGUGCUCUUCACCGUCCCAGACUUCCAGAGCACAUACGUUUCAAACAUUGACAAGAUCAUUGAUGAAGCACCAAGUGACUCAACCCAGGACUUCAAAACUCAAGUAGCCAAGCUCGGUUACGGCCUGUUGUCAGGAGAAUACUCCAAACCUGCUCCAGAUCCCGUAGAUGAAGUCGGUUCACCUGAACCCAGAGGCGACCAGGUUGGGAUAGCACCGCGGAUGUUUAAAGCACUUGUUGGGCGGGGCCACCCAGAGUUUUCUACCAAUCGACAACAGGAUGCUCAGGAGUUUUUAUUGCACUUCAUUAACAUGGUGGAGAGGAACUGUCGCUCCGGGCCCAACCCAUCUGAAGCCUUCAGGUUUUUGGUGGAGGAGAAGAUAGUUUGUCAGCAGUCACAAAAAGCCAAGUACACACAGCGGGUGGAUUACAUAGUACAGCUGCCCGUUCCCAUGGACCAGGCUGCUAACACAGAGGAACUUAAGGAGGCAGAGCGCCGCCGUGAGGAGGGGGACUCAUCAGCGCCGACAGUGCGAGCACAAAUCCCCUUCUCGGCUUGUAUGGCGGCACUCAGCGAACCAGAGAUGCUCACAGACUUCUGGAGCUCAGCCGUGCAAGCAAAAACCUCUGCUACCAAAACAACGCGGUUUGCCUCUUUCCCCGAUCACCUGGUCAUACAGAUUAAGAAGUUCACCUUUGGCCUUGACUGGGUGCCUAAGAAACUGGAUGUGAGCAUCGACGUUCCCGACACCCUGGACCUGAGCGCCCUGCGUGCGACCGGCCAGCAGCCGGGGGAGGAGCUUCUACCUGAGGUGGCCCCGCCCCCACUCAUGACCCCAGAUGUGGAGGUCAAAGCUCCAGUCCUUGAUGACUCCACUGUGUCCCAGUUAUGUGAAAUGGGAUUUCCACUGGAAGCCUGCAGGAAAGCGGUCUAUUACACUGGGAAUACUGGAAUUGAUGCUGCCAUGAACUGGAUCAUGAGCCACAUGGACGAUCCGGACUUUUCGGCUCCACUUGUGUUGCCAGGCAGCAGUUCUGGACCUGGAACCACUCCCACAGAAAGCCUCUCGGAGGAACAUCUGGCAACGAUCGUCUCAAUGGGCUUCAGUCGAGAUCAGGCUACCAAAGCGCUCAGAGCAACGAGUAACGUGCUGGAGCGUGCGGUGGACUGGAUCUUCUCUCACCUGGACGACCUGGACUCCAUGGAGGUGUCCGAAGCCGGGCGCUCAGCCGCAGAGAGCGAGGGUGGGAGGGAUCCUCCGCCUGGACCUCGCGUCAGAGAUGGACCAGGAAAGUACGAGUUGUUUGCAUUCAUCAGUCACAUGGGGACGAGCACGAUGUGUGGACACUAUGUCUGUCACAUCAAGAAGGACCAGCAAUGGAUCAUCUUUAACGAUCAGAAGGUUUGUGCUUCAGAGAAACCUCCCAAAGACCUGGGCUACCUUUACUUCUACCGCAGAGUGGCCGACUGAGGCGGGCCAGCGUUUCACUCCAGGAGAAGACGACGCCAACAAAACCCACAACAGCAAGCUCUUAAAAACGCUCUGGCACGCUUCACAACUGACAAACAUGUAAAUAAAUAAGUUCCUCAGAUUGCUUAUAAACACACUUUAAUAAAUUGGUGCAAAUGUACAGAUAAGUAUUGUUGGGGGUGGGAUGAGGGAGUUGCUGUCUGUCUGUAGCCACUGAUAACAAACCGCAGGCCUGAUGGAGGAUAAACUCACCAGAGCAACUCUGAGUCAAAGCCAGAGCUAAUCGAGACUAGUUUAACGCAACAUUCGGGUUUUACCCAGACAAAAUAUCCACCGCGUUCGGAAAAGUUGAACAAAUGCCCCAAACAUGCGCCCGACUCGGACGCUGAGCUCAUGAUUGACAUGUUUACGCAAGUGCUUAUCUGUCCCGACUAUUGAUUUCCACUGCCAUCGGUAGUCACUGCCCGUAUUCACUGACAUGUGACGCUUCCAGGCCUUUGUUUCUUGUUUGACUGGAACAUUGCACCACUUUAGUUAGACUCAACCUCCUCUACCUGUUUAAGUGCUAAAAACACUCAUAAGAAAAAAACCCGGUAAAACCGAUAAAUCAACAUGUUUUUCCAUAAGCGUCCGGUGAGGGUGAUACUAGGGUGACUUGUGUUUUAUUUUGAAAACAAAUGCUUUGUUACUUCUGCUGUGAAAAAUAAAGAUUUCUCUCUGUCAA